AUGUCUGAAGAAAAACUUCACGUUUCUGCAGUAAGACUUUCGCUGCAACAUUUUGGGUGGUUUGAUUAUAUACUAUUUGUUUUAAUGCUAACGAUUUGUGGAGGAAUCGGAAUUUAUUUCGGAUUUGUGAAGAAACAGAGUUCGACUCAAGAUUAUCUGAUGGGCGGACGAAAUAUGAAGCUAUUGCCUGUUUGUUUCUCACUGGUCGCAAGGUACUGUAUUGAUUAUUACCUAGGUUCUUCUAGGUUCUCCAAGUUUAUUUUUUGUAUAAUAACUAAUUACCUAGUCAUGAAAGUUUUCCUUUUCAGUUUUAUUUCAGGAAUAUCUUUAUUAGGUAUACCGACAGAACUAUAUAUUUAUGGUACAGCUUUUGUAUUUACUUUGAUUGGUACUUUAUUGAUGUCAAUAAUUGUAUCUUAUACGUUUUUACCAAUACUCCAUGACUUGAGAUUGACUUCAGCUUACGAGUAUUUGGAACUUCGGUAUGAUAAACGUUUACGAGUAUUCGGAUCUGUCUUGUUCAGCGUUUAUUUGAUGGCGUGGCUGCCCAUAGUUAUUUACGUACCAGCUUUAGCGUUUAAUCAAGUAACUGGUGUAAAUAUUCACAUAACAACUUCUAUAGUAUGCUUUGUGUGCAUAUUUUAUACGUCUUUGGGUGGUUUAAAGGCUGUUGUAUGGACCGAUGUGAUACAGACUAUUGUGAUGAUAGGAGCUAUGAUCUUGGUCAUCAUAAAAGGGACCAUCAUCGCUGGAGGUCUCGGGGAAGUAUUCAGAGAAAAUUGGAACACAGGACGAGUUGAAAUACCACCCGUCACAAUGGAUCUAACAGUGCGACAUACGAUAUGGUCAGUGUCUAUUGGCUCUACGUUUUACUGGAUCGGCAACGUUGCUGUUAAUCAAUCUAUGUUGCAAAGGUUCUUAGCCUUGGCUGAACUUAAAUCGUCAAAACGAGCAAUCUGGGGAUUUUUCGGUGGUGUAAUGUUCAUAGUUUUAAUAUGUGGGUACAGUGGUUUGUUGGCCUAUGCCAAGUACCAUGAAUGUGACCCAUUGGACUCUCGACUGGCGUUGGCCAAAGAUCAACUGUUGCCUCUUCUGGUAAUGGAUGUGUUAGGAGACUGGCCUGGCAUGCCGGGCAUUUUUGUCGCGGGAGUUUUCAGUGCAUCUCUUAGUUCACUCUCCACUGGUCUUAACUCUAUGGCUGCUGUAGUAUUGGAAGAUUUCUGGAAACCAUUCUUUAAGCCCCUGACUCAUAGGCAAACACAAAUAAUGAUCCGAUCUGUGGUCGUUAUACUUGGGGUUAUUUGUGUCGGUUUGGUAUACAUAGUAGAAAUGUUGGGCUCUGUUCUACAACUGACUAUGAGCCUCUCGUCAGCUUCAAUGGGACCUUUAGCCGGAGUCUUCUUGAUGGGGAUAUUUUUGCCGUUCAUCGACGGUACGAGUGCUUUGAGCGGAGGUAUCAUAGGUCUGUCGUCUGCUUGGUGGUUAGCCGCUCAGUCACAGUUAGCACAAGCAAGAGGACUGAUGCAAUCCAGUGAAAAACCAAGAUUUACACAAAACUGUACUUACGAAUUUGAUGAAAUUGUACAUAACGUGGUUGACGCUGAAAGUAAAGUGCCGUACUUGUACAGAAUAUCUUUCAUGUGGUUCACUGCGUUCGGAUGUAUGGUGACCGUUGGUAUUGCGUGCAUAGUUAAUUUACGAAAAACUGCUAAAGUUCACCAUGACCAUCGAUUGUUUGCUCCCUUUAUACGAAAAUGGUUGGAGAAAGACAAGAUAAAUGAAAUGUAUUUAAAAAAUCUCCAGAAAUGA